GUACGGGAGAUUCCAUGUGGGCCCGGUCUCUCUGGGGGUACCCGUGAAGAUUGUGCUUAUAUACAGCCCUUCCCCAUCUCCCUCUCCCUCUUCCACGGCCGCAUAAAGAGGGAGAGAGAGUUCAGAGCUGGGAAGAGGCUUCGAUAUCCCUCCGAGGUCCGGAGAAGGUGAGCUCUCAGGGACGACGCGAUGGGAGCCGGUGGAAGAAUGACGGUCCCGAACAAGUGGGAAGGCGAGGGAGACGAGAAGAGCCAGAAGCCGGUCCAAAGGGUUCCCUCCGCAAAGCCACCAUUCACACUAAGCGAGAUCAAGAAGGCCAUCCCGCCACAUUGCUUCAAACGCUCCCUCCUCAAGUCCUUCUCUUAUGUCCUCUAUGACCUCACUUUGGUGGCCAUCUUCUAUUACGUUGCUACCACUUACAUCGACGCCCUCCCGGGUCCACUACGCUACGCGGCCUGGCCCGUGUACUGGGCCCUGCAGGGGUGCGUGCUCACGGGUGUCUGGGUCAUAGCCCACGAGUGCGGGCACCAUGCGUUUAGCGACUACCAGUGGGUGGACGACUGUGUCGGCCUGGUACUGCACUCAGCGCUCCUCGUUCCGUACUUCUCCUGGAAGUACAGCCACCGCCGGCACCACUCCAACACGGGCUCGCUGGAGCGUGACGAGGUUUUCGUCCCCAAGCCCAAGUCCAAGAUGCCGUGGUUCUCCAAGUACCUGAACAACCCGCCAGGCCGAGUCAUGACGCUGAUUGUGACCCUGACCCUGGGCUGGCCGUUGUACUUGGCAUUGAACGUCUCUGGCAGGCCCUAUGACAGGUUCGCUUGCCACUUUGACCCGUAUGGCCCGAUCUACACCGACAGGGAGCGUCUCCAGAUCUACAUUUCUGAUGUAGGGAUCAUGGCCGCCACGUACACGCUGUACAAGAUCGCAGCAGCCCGUGGCCUGGCCUGGUUGGUUUGUGUAUAUGGUGUCCCUCUCCUGAUCGUGAACGCAUUCCUGGUCACGAUCACCUACCUCCAGCACACCCACCCGGCCCUUCCCCACUAUGACUCGUCGGAAUGGGACUGGCUCAGGGGGGCACUGGCAACAGCGGACCGAGACUACGGGAUCCUCAACAAGGUCUUCCACAACAUAACCGACACGCAUGUCGCCCACCACCUCUUCUCCACCAUGCCGCACUACCACGCGAUGGAGGCUACCAAAGCGAUCAAGCCGAUACUGGGAGACUACUACCAGUUCGACGGGACUCCGGUAUACAAAGCGAUGUGGAGAGAGGCUAGGGAGUGCCUGUACGUGGAGCCCGACGACGGGGCCAACAGUAAGGGGGUUUUCUGGUACAAGAAGAACCUCUGAUCACCAUUUACCACAUUGCUGGUCGCAAGUUAAUUUCAAGGUCAUACCGAACAAAACGAAUUAGAAUCUUUAGCUUUAGGGUGUCCUCUCUCUCUCUCUUGAGCGAGCGAAUAAACUAGUACUUGAUCGGACGUUUGCGCCAACGUGAACAGUUCGUAUCGUGUCGGUUCGACCUUUAGUGUACUGUGUGUUGGCUGCAAGUGAUGUGUAUUGUAACUUUUAUCUCCGCUUCCAAGCUUCUGAACUCGAAAUUGAAAUCCAUUCCCAGUUCUCCGUUUUUUCGA